GCGCUAUCUAUUCCUAGUCUUAUUAGUCCCCGUGUUGCAGGGGUUUGACACGUAUGCUGUUUUCGUUGUUUCCGGAUUCGUAUAAAUGUCAGUUGGCCAAUUGAAAGAUAUUGUUGGAUUUUUCGUUGCAUGGCUUUCUUGUGAUCAGGUUGUAGAAAAGUAAUUCCCCUGACACAGCGUGAGACAACUCGGUAAAAUGAGCACUAUUGCCGAACAACCUUGUUACACGUUGAUAAACGUUCCAACCGAUACGGAGCCAUUGAAUGAGCUCCAGUUGAAACAAGAUCUAGAGAAAGGCGAUGUUCAGACAAAGAUCGAAGCUCUCAAGAAAACCAUUCACAUGAUUCUUAGUGGAGAACGCUUGCCAGGACUUUUAAUGACCAUCAUUAGAUUUGUACUACCAUUGCAAGAUCACACUAUUAAAAAGCUACUUUUAAUAUUCUGGGAGAUUGUGCCGAAAACUUCUCCUGAUGGAAAAUUGCUUCAGGAGAUGAUCCUAGUUUGUGAUGCUUAUAGAAAGGACUUACAGCAUCCGAACGAAUUUGUCAGAGGAUCAACUUUAAGAUUCUUGUGCAAAUUAAAGGAACCAGAACUCUUGGAGCCUUUGAUGCCUGCGAUAAUUGCAUGUUUAGAGCAUAGGCACUCUUAUGUUAGACGCAAUGCAGUUCUAGCCAUAUUCACUAUUUACAGAAACUUUGAAUUUCUUAUACCAGACGCCCCAGAAUUAAUAGCAAAAUAUUUGGAAGGAGAACAGGAUAUGUCUUGCCGAAGGAAUGCAUUCCUGAUGUUGUUACACGCUGAUCAGAGCAGGGCACUGGCUUACUUGGCAGCUUGCUUGGAUCAAGUGCCCAGCUUUGGCGAUAUAUUGCAAUUGGUUAUCGUAGAAUUAAUUUACAAGGUUUGCCUCGCAAACCCAUCAGAGAGAGCUCGUUUUAUCAGAUGCAUCUAUAGUUUGUUGAAUUCACCAAGUGCUGCUGUACGUUACGAAGCAGCUGGUACUUUAGUUACACUUUCCAGUGCUCCCACAGCGAUUAAAGCUGCAGCUUCUUGUUACAUUGAAUUAGUCGUUAAAGAAAGUGAUAAUAACGUUAAAUUGAUUGUGCUGGAUCGCUUGAUUGCGAUGAAGGACAGUCCUGUUUAUGAACGGGUCCUCCAAGAUCUAGUGAUGGACGUUCUUAGAGUUCUAGGCUCUCCAGCAUUGGAAGUUAGAACAAAAACCUUAGCUUUAGCGAUGGAUUUGGUAACAACACGUACCAUCGAGGAAAUGGUUCAAUUAUUAAAGAAAGAAGUGCUUAGAACAGCUGGUGGAGAACACGAAGAUGCUGGUCGAUAUCGACAAUUACUAGUUAGAACGUUGCAUGCCUGCUCUAUCAAAUUCUCGGACGUAGCAGCUACAGUGAUUCCAGUACUAACAGAUUUCUUGUCUGAAAAUAACGAGGCUGCAGCCACUGACGUUUUGGUGUUUGUUCGCGAAGCUAUCCAACGAUUUGAAAAUCUUAGACCACUGAUUGUUGAAAAACUCCUCGAGGUAUUUCCACACAUUAGAUCGGUAAGAGUGCACAGAGCAGCCUUGUGGAUUCUCGGUGAAUACGCAACGUCGAAAGAAGAUAUAGAAGCUGUAAUGAGUCGUAUCCGGGCUGCUCUGGGAGAACUACCGUUGCUGGAAGCGGAGAACAAACGACAAGCUGGCGAGAAAUUGUUAGAAGAUGGAAGCGCACAAGUCACACCAGCACAGCUGGUCACAUCAGAUGGCACAUAUGCUACUCAAAGUGCAUUUAGUGCAGCAUCCUCGCGAAAGAAAGAAGAGAAGCGCCCAGCACUGGUUCAGUACAUGAUGGAAGGUGACUUCUUCAUAGGUGCUUCUCUAGCUACAACCUUGGCUAAAUUAGCACUUCGUUACAAGGGCCUCGAAGCAGAUACACAAAAGAGCAAUCGUAUGCAGGCUGAAGCAAUGUUGGUGAUGUCUAGCGUAAUGCAGCUGGGUCGUUCAGGUCUCCCUGCUAAGGCAAUAACGCAUGAUGAUGCUGAACGUUUGUCACUGUGCUUGAAAUCAUUGGCUUGUCCGACACCACUCGUGCAAAAAGUUUUCACCGAGGGAUGUCGCGAUGCUCUUGGCAGAAUGCUUACAGCGAAAGCUGAAGAAGAUUCGCAGAAUCAAAAGGCGAAAGAAAAACCAGGUAGCGUUGUUCAAGUAGACGACGCGAUACAGUUCUUACAAUUGAGCCGUGGUUCAGACCUAACGGGUGGAGCUGGUGACGUAUUUGAACAAAGUUUGAGCGCUGCUGUCGCUGGAAGACCCGGUGCUAGCGGAGACGCGCCAGCUCCCAGUGCUUUGAGCAAGGUCACCCAAUUAACUGGCUUCUCAGAUCCUGUUUACGCAGAAGCUCUCGUUCACGUUAACCAGUACGAUAUCGUACUCGAUGUAUUGAUCGUUAAUCAGACCGAAGACACACUGCAGAAUUGUACGUUGGAGCUUGCUACAAUGGGUGACUUGAAACUCGUAGAGAGGCCACAGCCUAUCGUGCUUGCUCCUCGAGACUUUGCAAGCAUUAAGGCAAACGUAAAAGUGGCGUCUACAGAAAAUGGAAUAAUAUUUGGAAAUAUUGUAUACGACGUAUCUGGAGCGGGAUCUGAUAGGAGUGUAGUGGUAUUGAACGACAUACAUAUCGACAUUAUGGAUUACAUAGUGCCGGCAACGUGUACCGAUUUAGAAUUCAGGCAAAUGUGGGCAGAGUUCGAAUGGGAGAACAAAGUGUCCGUAAAUACAACGUUAUCAGACUUGAGGGAGUAUCUCGCUCAUUUACUGAAAUCUACAAACAUGCGUUGUCUUACUCCAGAAAAGGCCCUUUCUGGACAAUGUGGCUUCAUGGCGGCCAAUAUGUACGCGAAGUCGAUAUUCGGCGAAGACGCAUUGGCGAACAUGUCCAUCGAGAAACCAUUGAACAAACCAGAUGCCCCGGUGGUUGGUCAUAUUCGUAUCAGAGCGAAGAGCCAAGGCAUGGCACUGUCGUUAGGCGACAAAAUCAGUUCCACGCAGAAAGGUCCACAAAGCAAAGUGGUGCAAGCCGCUUAGAUUGUGUAGCUUCUUAAUCUAUGAUAUUCUCAGUAUUCGACUCAUUUCCGGAGAGGGAAGAAACGCAUAGCCAAUCGAGUUUGUUCAGGUGAAAGAACACGUUAAAAUGGCGGGCAGCCAUUUGCCUUCGUCAAUUCCAUAAUUCAAAGUUUCUUCGAAUGUUGAGAUAUAUUUUAUACGAUCAGUGUAUUAACUUAUAUGCGUUGUUUCAAUUUUAUUUCCUUGUAUUCAGCACCAUCGAACGACGACAUUCAUUCUAUUCGUGAGCGAAGAAAUACAUAUAUACAUGUAUAAUACUUUAGCUGUACAAGCUUGUAUUUUAUUCCGUUGAAACCGAUGUUUCUGAUACAUACACAUAUUUUUUAAGGAAUA